AUGGGAAGCAUACACACAGUGCUCUGUAAAAAUGUCGGGCAACGCGAUCCAAGAUUUAUACGAGGCACGUACACUGUUACUGUGGUGGACACUAGCACAGUGACGUCCGUGGUACCUUCUUCUUGCGUGCAAGUGGACGCUACCCUUCCUCCCUGUAGAAGCGUCAGGUUUUUGUACUUCCCGAAGGUGGGGCAAGAUACUAAUGAGACCCCAAUAAAUGACACUCAACUAGCACCCGAAUCGAAAUCUGAUCCCAUACAGAGCACUCCCCUCGGCUGGGGGGAAUAUCUCGGUAUCUAUGCUCCUACAGUGACUGUGGUGCGUACCGAACUAGUGACAACCGUGGUAACCGAUCCAAGAGUUGUACUGACUUAUUCCGUAAAGGGAUGUAGGCCCUUGCAGCUUCCCGAAAACCUAGAAAGAUGCUCCGUUGAAGAUUCUGUAUCCAUCAGUCACGUACUACCAACGUCGACGGUGGUUCCAAGUGCUACAGUUCCCGUCAGCAUUCCCGAAAACAGCAGGGUCAUCAAUGUGACAGAAGGUACUUCCUUCCCCGUAUCAGAUAUUAACGAUAAUCAAUUAAAUAACAACCUGGAGUCGAGCAGUGGGGAUCCUGAAGACGUUAAUAGCGACAGGCAGCCCAGAGCUACAGACCCUUUACCAUUUUAG